UCCAGAACAGCCAGGGCAACCUAGAGAAACCCUGUCCCAAAAUCAUUUAAAAAUAGCACAACCUUGAAUCUCAGUACCUGUGAGAAGAGACAGGUUGAUCUCUGCGAGUUCCAGGCCACACUUGUUUUCAUAUCAAGUUCUAGCCUACUCAGAGAGAUAUAGUAAGACCCUGUCUUUAAAAACAACAACAAAACCAAAACAAUCUGGGCCUCUCCUUCCCAGUGAGCAGCCAACCAAUGUGGAAAAAUGGCACUGAGCCACUCUGUGAAGGAGCGAACCAUCUCUGAGAACAGCCUGAUCAUCCUGUUGCAAGGCCUCCAGGGACAAAUAACCACUGUGGACCUUCGAGAUGAGAGUGUGGCCCGAGGACGCAUCGACAACGUUGAUGCUUUCAUGAACAUCCGCCUGGCCAACGUCACCUACACCGACCGCUGGGGGCAUCGGGUUGAGUUGGAUGACCUUUUCGUGACAGGUCGUAAUGUCCGAUAUGUCCAUAUCCCAGACGGUGUGAACAUCACUGCCACAAUCGAGCAGCAGCUACAGAUCAUCCACCGUGUGCGCAACUUUGGUGGCAAGGGUCAAGGUCGUCGAGAGUUCCCCUCCAAAAGGCCAUGAGACUGUGUCCUCAUUCAAAUUCCAGCACCACCUCAGGGACCUCCAGUGUUCUGAGCCAACUCCCGUCCAUCCUUCCCCACCAAUGACCUGGUGUCUUAUAGACACGUCACAGCUGCCUUUCAUAGGGUUCCACUUUUCAGACACACCUUGGGACCCAGAAUUCCUUCUGCUGGUGGCCUUGGGGUAGGUGACAAUCCCUCUUUUUGAUCAUUUGUAUCUGGAAUCUCCAUUCACUGAUUGACCCCAUCCAUCAAGGAGUUGUUAACUCUGCCGGUGAGGAUUACUUGAGAGUGUUUGGAGUGAAUCACCUCUAACAUCCCAUUUCUCUUGGCAUUUGUUUCUUUUCUCAUAAAACCAAACUCCUGGGA